UCCCGCUGCCCGCUCGGCGCGCAGCGGCCGGGAAUGGGGGAGCUGCUGCCGCCGCCGCCGCUGCUGCCGCUCUGCCCGCGCCCCGCGGCUCCGGCGCCGCCUCCUCCUCCUCGCUCGGCCUGAAGCGCGCUCGCACUCGUGGAUCCCGGCGGGGAAGGGGCCAUGGGCCGCCUCCCCGAGGCGCGGCGGCUGUGAGGCGGCCGGCGCUCGUUCGGGGAGCCGGGGAGAGAGGCUGCCGGCGGCCGGCCAGGCUGCGCCGGGGAAGGGAGUGCCGCUCGCAGCCGGCGGCGGGCGCGCAGGCAGCACCUCGGUGCCGGUGACUUGGGGGUGCCGCUCCCCGCCCGCGCCCGGCCGCGGCGGUGGAUGGAUGCGCCAUGGCCACGCUGGUGUGCCGGGUGCAGCUGCUGGAUGACACCGACCCCUUCAACAGCACCAACUUCCCCGAGCCCACCCGUCCGCCGCUGUACACCUUCCGGGAGGACAUCCCGCUCGCCACCCAGCUGGCCGGGGUGCACCGCCUCCUCCGCGCCCCGCAGAAGCUUGAUGACUGCACCCUGCAAUUGUCUCAUAAUGGUACCUAUCUGGAUCUAGAAUCCACCCUAGCAGAGCAAAGAGAUGAACUAGAAGGUUUCCAGGAGGAUGCUGGGAGGGGCAAGAAGCACAGCAUAAUUCUGAGGACCCAGCUCUCAGUGAGAGUCCAUGCCUGCAUUGAAAAACUUUACAAUUCCAGUGGACGGGAGCUGAGACGGGCACUUUUUUCCUUGAAACAGAUAUUUCAGGAUGACAAGGACUUGGUUCAUGAGUUUGUUGUUGCUGAAGGUCUGACUUGCUUAAUCAAAGUGGGAGCAGAAGCUGACCAGAAUUAUCAGAACUACAUCCUGAGAGCCUUGGGCCAGAUAAUGCUUUACGUCGAUGGCAUGAAUGGAGUGAUAAAUCAUAAUGAGACCAUCCAAUGGCUGUACACGCUUAUUGGCUCAAAGUUUCGCCUGGUGGUAAAGACAGCACUGAAGCUGCUGCUGGUGUUUGUGGAGUACACAGAGUCCAACGCCCCACUUUUGAUCCAGGCAGUAUCCACAGUGGAUGAAAAGAGAGGAGCCAAGCCAUGGUCCAACAUCAUGGAGAUACUGGAGGAGAAGGACGGGGUUGAUACGGAACUACUGGUUUAUGCAAUGACCUUGGUUAACAAGACGCUGUCAGGAUUGCCAGAUCAAGACUCUUUCUACGAUGUGGUGGACUGUCUGGAAGAGCUAGGCAUCGAAGCUAUUUCACAGAGACACUUGAACAAGAAAGGAACAGACUUGGACUUAGUUGAGCAAUUUAACAUUUAUGAGGUGACGCUGAGGCAUGAGGACGGGGAUGAGGGUGCUGAGCCGCCUCCCAGCGGGCGCAAGGACCGGAGGAGAGCCAGCCUUGGUGCGGGCGAGCGCAGGGGGCUGGAGCGCCGGCGGAGCCGCAGGCACUCGGCACACAACAACGUCAAGAGCACUUUGUCAGCCCCUGCCAGCCCCUGCGGGCAGUCCAGCUUCGUGCUGAGCCACGGGCAGCGCGUGGAAGAGCUCAGUGAGAGAGAGGACGAGUAUGAAGAGGAAGAAGAAGAACAGCCAGUCACAGAGCCCAAUACUGAGGAUGAGGGGGAGGAAGAGGCCAAUAGACAGGUCAAAGCCAGUGAGGUUCCAGAUGUGCAUAAGGCUGUGAAGGAAAGCUUUUCACAGUGUUCUGACUCUUCAGCUGUCUCCAGUGCCAUUUCUCCAGCUGAGAGGCCUCUCACCUGCUCUAGAGCAAAGAGCUUUUCUAGCAACUCCUCUUCUGUGCCUGACUCAUCUGUCUCUCAUCAUAAUUCUGUCCUUUCAUCACCAUCUUCACCUGCAACAGCAUUGCUGAGCUCUCCCCAAAAUUCCUCAGCAUCCAUUACUCCAAAGGCAUCUCCAACAGUGGAGAAAUUGCCUUAUGUACCACACACUCCUUUUCACCUCUUCUCGUAUGACUUUGACGACUCUCCAGCAUCUGUGAAAGAGAAGGAAGCAGAAAUGAUGAGGGAAAACAGAUACAAUAGCUAUGGCAGCAGCUCUUACUCUUCUCCACGACCUUACGCUGGUGUGAGUGCCCCUACAACGCCCACUACUCGUUAUGGGACAACUCUGUCACCACCUCAGGAGACCAAAUCUGACAGGCCAGCUUUGGGUGGUCUCCUUACAUCAUCUUUUCGGCAGCACCAGGAGUCCUUGGCAGCAGAAAGAGAACGACGGCGUCAGGAAAGAGAAGAAAGGUUGCAAAGGAUAGAACGUGAAGAAAGAAACAAAUUCAACCGGGAUUAUUUAGACAAAAGAGAAGAACUAAGACAAGCAAGAGAAGAGAGAUACAAAUACUUGGAGAAGUUGGCAGCAGAGGAGUAUGAGAAGGAGCUGAAGAGUCGGAGUGUCAGCCGAGGCAGAAGUGAGCUGUCCUUGAACCUGAGAUCCCCUUCAGCUCCAUCCUCACCUGUACCCAAGUGCAUCAGCCCAGCAUCCAUAGAGUCCCAGGAAGAGCUGAAGACCCCUUCCAUCCCGAGUGGAACUCCUCAGCCCUCAGAAGUGAGUGCCAGUGAACCCGAACCCGAGACAGAGACAGAACCAGAACCAGAGCAGGAGGCUGAGGCUGAGGCCAAGCAGGGAACGGAGACACCCAAGGAAAUAGAGGCUGCAGAGGUGGGACCAGACAGUGAGGUGGAGCAAGGACCAGAGAGAGAGCCAGAAGAAAGUGCAAUACUCAGUGAAAAGGAGAGGCAGAAUGAGGAAGUGAAUGAAAAAGACAACUGUUCUGCAUCCAGUAUAUCCUCAGCAAGCAGCACUUUAGAGAGGGAAGAGAGAGAGGACAAGUUAACCAGUGACAAUGAAACUGGUUCAUGGUCACAGACCAUUCAGGAUGCUGGUGUGAAUGAGCAGUGCAGCAACAUCCUCAACAACAAGCGGUUUAUGCUGGACAUGUUGUAUGCGCAUAACAAAAAGCCCAAAGAUGAAGAGGAGAAGGAGCUGGAGGCGAAGGAGGAAAAGAAGGAGACGGAGGAAAGCGAGGAGUCACUCACUAGCCUAGCCAGCAGGAUCUCUAUACUUCAGGCCACAAAGCAGGCCAAAGAUGAAAGUGUCAAAAAGAUGGAGAUUGGAAAUCUGGACAACCAAGGCAGUGUGAAAGCCUUUGCAGAAAAAUUUAACAGUGGUGAGCUGGCAAAAGGGACAGCAGUGCCUGAAGAUGAAAUCAGUGAACAGAUCCCUGAGAAAACACCAGCACAGACAAAGAAGGAAUCUGAUUACAUCUGGGAUCAGCUCAUGGCUAAUCCUCGAGAACUUAAAAUCAAGGACAUGGAUUUUACAGACUUGGGGGAGGAGGAUGAUGUAGAUGUGUUGGACAUGGAUAUGGGUCCUGGGGACUCCCUUGCUCCCCCUCCUCCACCUCCACCUUCUUUUCUGGGUUUGCCUCCUCCACCACCUCCCCCCUUGUUUGGAUGUCCGCCUCCACCACCGCCCUCGGGUAAUUUAUUGGCUCCUCCUCCACUGUUCGGCACUCCUCAGGGUUUAGGGUCACCCCAGGUUUCUAGGGGUCAGCCAGCAUUUAUAAAGAAGAAGAAAACCAUCCGUCUGUUUUGGAAUGAGGUACGGCCAUUUGAGUGGCAGUGUAAAAACAACAAACGCUGCAGAGAAUUCCUGUGGUCGAAACUGGAACCCAUUAAGGUAGACACUUCCAAACUGGAGCAUCUCUUUGAGUCGAAAUCCAAAGAACUGCCUGUCACAAAGAAAACUGCUGCAGAUGGGAAGCGACAGGAGAUCAUUGUGUUGGACUCAAAGCGGAGCAACGCCAUCAAUAUUGGCUUGACUGUGCUGCCCCCUCCCCGCACCAUCAAGACUGCUAUUCUGAACUUUGAUGAAUAUGCCUUAAACAAGGAAGGAAUAGAGAAGAUCCUGACCAUGAUCCCCACCGAGGAGGAAAAGCAGAAGAUCCAGGAGGCCCAGCUGGCGAAUCCCGAUGUCCCCCUGGGCAGCGCUGAGCAGUUCCUCCUCACCCUCUCCUCCAUCAGCGAACUCUCCGCCAGGCUCCAGCUCUGGGCUUUCAAGAUGGACUAUGAGAUAGUGGAAAAGGAAGUUGCUGAACCGCUGCUAGACCUGAAGGAGGGAAUGGACCAACUGGAGCACAAUAAAACUUUGGGAUUUAUCCUUUCUACUCUGCUAGCCAUUGGGAACUUUCUGAAUGGAACCAAUGCCAAAGCUUUUGAGUUGAGCUACCUCGAGAAGGUUCCAGAAGUCAAGGACACAGUGCACAAACAGUCCCUCCUGCACCAUGUCUGCACUAUGGUGGUAGAAAAGUUCCCAGACAGCACUGAUCUUUAUUCAGAGAUCGGGGCCAUCACUAGGUCAGCCAAGGUUGACUUUGAACAACUCCAGGAAAACUUGUGUCAGAUGGAAAGACGGUGCAAAGCAUCAUGGGAUCACCUUAAGGCUAUAGCAAAGCAUGAAAUGAAGCCAAGUCUAAAGCAAAAAAUGUCUGAGUUCCUUAAAGACUGUGCAGAAAGAAUCAUAAUACUGAAGAUUGUUCAUAGAAGAAUAAUUAACAGGUUUCACUCAUUUUUGUUAUUUAUGGGCCAUCCUCCCUACGCGAUACGUGAAGUCAACAUCAAUAAGUUCUGCAAGACUAUCAGUGAGUUUGCUCUGGAGUACCGCACCACCAGGGAGCGAGUCCUGCAGCAAAAACAGAAACGGGCUAACCACAGGGAAAGAAACAAGACCAGAGGGAAAAUGAUUACAGAUUGGCAGACUGAUGAAGAAGAAGAUGUUGAGUCUGGCAAGUUCUCCAGCAGCUCCCCGCCCUGCCAGAGCCAGCCCCAGGGCCUGCAGUACGCCGAGGAUGCUGCCGAGCACGAGAACAUGAAGGCUGUGCUGAAGACCUGCUCCCCAGGGGGGGACAGCACCAUGGCCCUGGGCGUGCGCACUCGGAGCCGCGCCAGCCGAGGCCGUAUCGGUUCAUGGAACGCUGGCAACGACGACUCGCCGAACGCGACGGAUGACGCCGCGGAUGAGAUCAUGGAUCGCAUUGUCAAGUCCGCCACCCAAGUGCCAAGCCAGCGAGCGGUGCCUAGAGAGAGGAAGCGGUCACGAGCAAAUAGGAAGUCGUCCCUGAAAACAAAAUGUCUACUGCUGCUUGGCUGCAAAGUGGUUAUAGAGGAGUUUAACUUCCACUGGGAAGAAAAGCAUUUCUGGGAAGUUAGGACAAAGAGGAGACAACAACAUGAGAAGGACACUAAAGAGUGGGCUAACACCAGAAGAAGCCAAAGCACUGGGCCUCAUCAGCACUUCUGAGAUGCAGGUUUGACAUCCCAGAGGUGGCCACAAGAAGAGCCGAUCAUCUGAAGCACACAGACUGACACCCCUUCAGCGUGGCAUUGGACUGCCAGCCUCCUCUGCUGCUCCCAACAUCCCUUCCUCUGUUAGUUCAAUUUCAAUAAGCAACAAAAGCAAAACCCGACAUCCAGGGCAGAAGGGUGUGCCACAGCUCAGCGUGACAUCCAGACGGUAACUGAGGAAGCAUUUGAGUGUUCCUAAGUGAAAGCACAUGACUUCUUCUUCUCCUCAUGUGGGUAGGAGGGGGCUCUCUAAGUUAUCUGUCAUUAUGUGAGCUGUGUUUACGUUGGCUUUCCUUGUGCCCUGUUUUAGUCAUUGUAAAUGUAUGGCGUUUUGUCAAUGCAAGGAACAGUCCUUAAAGAGGCAAAAUAACUCCUGUUAUAGCAACACAAAUUUCCCUCAAGCAGAUUUAUUAAGCAAAGAUGCACAGUCUGUGCAACCCUUGGUUUGUUGGGUAUUUUAUUAUUUUGCCUCCAUAGAAUGUAAAAAUGUAUGUGUACCUUUGUAUAUGUACAGAAUGAAUGUGUGGACAUGUGUGCAUGUAUCUGUACAUAUGCAGUCAUGGUGUGAAAUCAUGCUUUUGCUGAAGCCAGCUGGACCAUGAUUUUCACUGUGGAGCCUUACUGUUCCACCUGGACAGGAGGAAAAGAAUGUCUUUUUUGCAGGAACUCAGUGUUGUUCAGUGUGAUUCACCCUGUGGGGCAGGCCAUGGCCUGCAAUACAAUGGAGACUUUAGGAUCCUGAAUUCAUGUGCAUUAAUGCACACCCACACUGUACAUAGCAGCAUGCACACAGAGGAGAGAACACAAUUCCUCCCUCUUGUUGAGCUGUGGUUGUACUCUGCAUUUGUACAGUUUCAGAGAGAUCUGCGUCAGCAAUUUUACAUACUCGAUAAAUGCAUAUGAAUGCUAAGAUCAAGAAGUUUGUUCACUUGCCUGUGCCCUUCAUGCUGCUUUUCUCUGCUGCAAGAUAAUGUGGUGGUGAUUUUAUUUCAAUUUAAUGAAUCUGAAUAUGAAAUAGCCCUGCUAAAAAGCCUGCUGUGUUUUUGCUGUUCUUUACUGGUUUUUUGUGCUUAUCCUUGAUACCAGUGGAGUGGGUACCACAGUAAACAGCUCCAAUAUCUUUGCCCUUAUCUCACAGUUUUAUAACAGACUUUUAUAACUGCCCUCAGCAUGUUUGAAGAACCUUUAGUCAACCCAUCUGCCUUGAAGUGGAGGACAUGUACAGCAGUGAAGAUGAAUUGAAAAGUCACCCCAGCCAGUGCUGAAGUAUUUUAAAGAGAACUGCAAACAACAAUAACAUAAAGGGAACUUCUUAAGCCAAAGUCUGUAUAUGUCCAAUAGAUCCUCAAGGAUGCACAAGAUUGUCUCUUUCCAUUGCCUUAGCCUCUAAGAUUAAGGGUAUGUCUGCACAGCAGUAACAACUGAGACUUUGUUCAAGCUGGUUAACUGAGGAGCUGCAACAGUUUAGUCAUGGUAACAGGGUUCCAUUUUGGCUGCAAAACACACUUGGAAAAUAGAGUUAAAUAAUAGUCUAUGCUGGGGUCCUAAUGCCAUAGCAAUGUUGCUUUUGGCACCCAGGCUAGGUAGGUACUUCAGGUUAUUCUACUCUGCUUUCGUUAAGGACAGGACAGUCAGUGGAGAUUGUUCAAGAGAGUUGAACCAAACACAAUAAACCUCUGAAACCAUGGUCAUCCAUCACAUUGCAUUGAGCACAGCAUCCAAGUGAUGGCAGAGCCAGGCAGCUGGCAACACUGCAGGGAGACCUGUGGCUGAACAUCCUACCUAUGCUGUCCACCCUCUUGAUUGUAACAUUUCAUUCUUUAUCUGCCGAUGCCUUGAAUCUCCCAUGGAAUAAAAAGUCACUAAUGAGCAAUGGUUCUUAAGAGCAGCAUUGAGUUUGAUGUGGUUUUCCCCUCAAUUUGUUAAAAAGCCAAUUUUACAAGUAGACAGGAGGCAGUAGUUGGGUAAUCAGUACAAUAUGUUGUGUAUAUGAGGGCUAUGGAAAGGAAGAAGCUGGUUAGGAAACAGAAAUGGCAUAUAACUAAUUUCACUGUGAAAUAGGCAAGACCUUUGAGCAUCUGGAUUUUGAAGUGGAUCUUUAUGUGCUGCUCACCACUAUGGACUUUUAAAAUCUUGCUUAAGGAUGUUUAGAACAAAGAACUGAAGGUAAUGGGGGUUCGUGGAGGUGUUUGAAGUCUGAAACAAGAGGAAGACACCCUGAAUGUAAAUGGUCAUGUUGAACUGUCCUACUUGCUAAGUGAUAAAAAAACAAAAAUGCAACGAAGCACCUUUAUGCUGUCAAAGAUCCUAUAUUUGAUUGGAAGGAGAAAAUCAAACAAGUCCUUAAAAAUUCAUAUUUUAAUUAAAAUAUGCUGAAUGUGCAAAAUUGGUGACCACUGGGCUGUUGGUGGCCACUUUCUAACAGGGAACAAAUUUGUGUUUCGUUUAAGCAUAGUACAGCAUCUGUCUCUGAGACAUACCAAUGCUGGUGAAUUCCUAAUGGUUGGGCAGAUGUAUUUUCUAAAUUGUGCAAAAGUUUAUAUGCUCCUUACCAAGGAGAACAUUAAAUAUGGGGAAUAAUAGAGGUUGGGAUAGGUUCAGUGGGAAAAAAUGGUGGUUUCUUUCAGAUUCUCUGGAUGUGUCUUGCAUGUGAAGCAGAUUCUUCCUUUUCUGUUCUUCCAUGGCAUUCGUUUUUCAGUUUAUGCUCUCUGUCUGUAAAACUGAUAGCAACUUUUCUGAGGAAUAACUUGGUCUUGUUUAUGCACUAGUAUACAGUCAGAUAAAUUCCACUGUCCUCACCAUUUAUUGCAACAAGAUGAUCAGACUCAGUGUAGCCCAGUAACUAUAGGAGAGAUUUCCAUUUUGGUUCCUGAUAAAAAAGACUGACUAAUCUGUAAGGGGGCAGUAUUUCCUCCAGAGUGCCAGCAUGCCCUGACUGUGGAAAUGACAUUUCUUCCCCUUCAUCUAACUAGUGGAUUCCAGAUGAAGUGGAAGAAUUCAUUAUAUCUGUAUGCCUCCCUCUGCCUAGGGAGGUUAUAAUCUUCAGGUUUUGAGCUACUGCCUGCCCUUCCAUCGUUGGAAGAACUCACCAUAAGGAUGUAACACUUGUUUUAAGACAAGUUUUGUGUGAGAUAUGGAUAGGUUUCUGAUGAAUAUAAAAAUCUUGGAUACACAGUGUAGUAACACAUGUUCCCAUUUCUCACUCAGAGAUCCAUGAAGGCUGUUUUUAAACACUUGCAGCCAUAAUAACUACCUCUCUUCCCUUUCUGAUGGAUACAGUCAGCUGCAGAUGCAGUGCCCAGAGCACUGCGUCUGCUUGACUGCGACCAUAAAGCCUUCGUGAUCUGGCUGCUGAGGUAAGCUUUAGCACAUGAAAUUACCUCCAAAGGGAAGCUAUCCUAAUUUUCUUUCAUCUCACUUGAUGUUUAAAAGCAGACUGCAUGCAAAUGCUUUCUAUAAUCUCACUCCCAAGUGGAGACAAUGCUCAGUAGCAGUUGCAGUGAAGAAACCCCCGGGGAAUGCUUGUGUGUCACACUCGAGAGUAAAAGAUCCCUCACAAAAGUUAAAUUCAUCGCUCUUCACUCUUCAGUCAGGCCAGGCACCAGAUUCAUGGAUUCCAGAUGUUUUAUAGCCCCUUGGCUGCUAUGUAUGACCUUUCUGUUUGAUAGCUCCUUGUCCAGAAUCCAAAAUCAACCAAAAAAAAGGUGGUUUAAUGAGGAUCUUUCUUUCUCCCUUAAAUACUGGAAGUAGCUUCAAACAUGAUUUUAAAAAUACUUUUUUUUUCUCUUUUGACACCUUUUUUCAGUGAAUCUUUUCAGUGGUUGAUUCUGUCAGCAAAAUAACACAUCAGUUUUGUAGAUAAACAAGAAUUUGGCUUUAGCAUUAUAGAUACUCACAUGUGAAUAUCAAGGUAUGACUUACUGUCCCAAUUUAACAGAAAUUUUGAGUCAGUUAUGAUGUGAGUGAACAGCAAUUACCUUCUGUAAGGUUCUACAGGACAACACCUUAAAUCCCUGGUAUGCUGUGCUCUAAAUGUACCCUGGCUAACACUAAAAGCUAUUGAGAAGUUACAUUGAGGAUUUCAACAACCACCACAACCCCCAGGGGCACAAUGCCAUUGUAGGUGCAGCAAUGGUUCCUUCUGUCAGGCAUCUGCCCUGCAGCAGCCUCCCUGGGGAUGUAACCACAGCCAGUGGCUGUCCAAAAUGUGUGGCUGAGGGCAGCAGUCUGUGUUCAGGUUCACUGUGUAGCUGUGGCUAUUGCAAUGCUUUGAUUUCACAGAGAUAAAAUGGGAACAAGGUGCCAGCCCACCAGUUUCACAUCCUUCAUCCUUCCUCCUUCCACUGCAGCUCAUGGACAGGCGCACGCACUGCCUGCCUCUGUCCAAAGGAUGCACGGGGACAUGGUGUUAGGCAGAAGCAGGAGCAUAUUCCUCUCUCCUUUUCACUCCUGUAGCUCACUGCACAUGUUCCAAUCCUCCCAUUACCUUCAAGGCAGGCUCAGUGUGCACUGGUGGGCAGCCUGACCCUGGGACACAGUCGGAUGGUGGCUCUGUGCUUGCAGCAGCAGGAUGCAAGAAACACUUGUUUAAGCUGGAAGGGAUAUGAAUGUUGAUGUUCCUCUGGAGGAAAAACUGUCAGGUACUUACAUGCUCUGAAAGAAAAUAAACUGAAAUGGUUUUGAAUGAGAAAAUGCUUGGUUUAGGCAACCAUUGAAAAUCAUUCACAAACACUUGAACAGCAUGUAAGGCCCACCUUUCUUUGCUUCAACUGGGGCAGCAACUGGCUCAAUUGGCAUUUCAGAUGUGAAAGAUGUGAAACCCCAGGAAGUUUUUGGCAAACAGUUUAAUAGUUACAUAGCAAGGAGUUUCAGAGAUGUAUAGUUUGAUGUUUAUGCCAAAAAAAAAAAAAUCUAAUUAGUCCCAUUUCACAUUGAGUGGCAGAUAGUGAUAUAUUUUGUUUAAUUGCUAUCUAAUACAGAGGCUUCUGUGAAAGAAAAGGUUUAUUUGUAGCAUUGGAUACAUUUCUCCUUUUUAAAGACUGUCUUUGCGCAUAUAGUGUCCUUUUUUUGUGAGCUGGGAAUUGUAAAAAAAUGUAAAGUAGAAGAGGAUGUGUUUCUUAGACAAAGGAGAAAUAAUGUAAAAUUGUGUAAAUGUCACUACUCAUGUUUUUCCAUGUUCUGUGUAGCAUAGUGUAAAAUAGGCUCUUCAGCAGUGUUAUUCUGUGAAUUGUAAUUUAAAAAACAAGCCAUGCAUGGUCAGAGAUAUUAUCUACAGGUCCUUUUGGUUGAGUUUUUGGAUUUGUUUGUUGUUUUCUCAUUUUAGGUGAAUUCAUUCUGUGUUAAAUUUAAUUGUCCAUGAAAAUGCAUUUUUGUUUCUGUUCUAUUUCAUAAAGAACUUGAAUUACUCUUUUAAGAUUUUAUUACACACGAAGCUCACCUACCGUUUGUAUUGAUCCUUCAGAAGCUUUGUCACGUUUAGUGUAAACUAGGGGGGAUUUUAUUUUUAUCUGCCUCUUCUCCCCCCGCUCUUCCCACUUAACUGUCUGGAAAGAUCCAAUCACACCCCUUUCUUUUUUUCUGUGCCAUGCAGGGUCAAUAAGGAAAACUGACCACAGACCAGUGUCCAAAAAUUCUUGAUAUAAGUAGUUUAAAAGCUCACCUCUACAGCGUUAUGUAAACACAUCUUGCAAUAAAGCUUUAUAAAGCACUGA